CAACAGGAGAGCUAACAACACUGCUGCUUGUCUACACUGAUAUUCGCCAAACAUGUACAAGGUUGAUCUACCAGUGGAUGAGUCUGUUCUGAAGGCGGUAGAGCGGCGACGGGCCGCAGAGGCGGAGCGCAGGAGCCGCAUAUUUAACACCAGAGCUCGGGUGAUCGGCCUGGACCUGCCCGCGCUCCACAAACAGGUGGAGGAGAAACGAGAACGCCUGCAGAUGGAGAAACAACGAGAUAAGGCUCAUGAUCAUUUACGCUUGUCCCUUGACGAAAUGGCAAUGCAACAGCAAAAAGAGGAGGAAGAGUUUCGAGGAGAGUUGGCUCGGGAAUUGAUCCAGUAUAGAGCGAUACAUCAACGUGCAGAGGACAGUCUUGAUGCAGACAUCAAUUAUGGCCAACAGGGGGCGCAAGAUGUCAACAUUUCUCUGGCAGAUUCUGCACUGGGACCUGCCAGUAUGCAAGUGUUUCAGGGAGAGGGAAUAAAUGAGAAUGAAAGAAAGAGAGCUCAAAUGGAGAUAACCGAGAGAAACCUGAGAACUCAAAAGUUGGAGAGAGAGAAACAAGAGAGGGAACAGAAAAAUAGAGAACUUUUGACUGACAGGGAACUGGUGGAAAAUGACCUAAGGGCAGUACAGUUAGACGCCCUGGAGGAAGAGUGCAAAAGAUCUGCCCACACUGCACUCAGUUGCUUUCACCAAGCUCAGGUGGAGGAGAGGAUGGAACAGGAGAGACAAGAGAAGCUGAAGCGAGAGGGAGAGAAGCUAGCAGAGGUACAGUACAUGGUGACCUCUGACCUUCUGACAGAGCGACCCGAAGCUGCAGAGAGAAAGGCAGCAUCCUCAGCAGGCGGUCCACGAGUCCUGACCGACCGCUGGAAGGGCAUGACCCCACAGCAGCUCAAUGAUAUCCACAAACAUAGAGAGAGACAGUGCUUUGAAAAAGAGAGAUGGAGAGAGAUGGAGAGGCUGAAAGAGCUGGCCUGGGAUUGCCAUCUGAUGGAACAGGCCAGGUAUCAGGAGGGAGAAGAGAAAAGAGAGAAGGAACUGGAGAGAGAAAGGAGAGCUCUGCUCGACAAAUACAAUCAACAGUUGGCUAGAGAGCAGCAAGCACACCAACACUACCUGGACAAGCAGCUGUAUACAAACCAGCCAACAGUUCAGUACUUCACCCAGUUCAGCAGGAGCUCACGCUAAACUUUUUGCUCACAUGGUUCAGGCACUGCUCUCUGUAAGGGCAGAGUCAAAAAAGGGACAGUUCUGUAUUUGGCAAACCUCCAUAUGCAAUGUUCACAUAUCUACCCUGUAUGUGCAUUCUCCAGAAAUGUUUUUGUAGUAUUAUGUACAGUAUGAAACUGUGUAUUUAAGCACUCAUUUUCUCUUAAGCAUUAGAAGGCACAGUUAUCAUCUGUGUGUGAACCAAUACGGUCACACAUGGAAAAUCGGUAUGUUAGUUCUGAUUUUUUUUUUCUCUCAAAUUUGGACACAAUGUGCCGAAUUCUAGACAAGCACCACAAUGUGGCAAAUGUUUAUGCACUGAAAAAUCGCUCGCGCUACGGCUUUGACGUCACAUCUCUUUUGAUCUCUGAAAAGCGAGAUACUACAUUUUCAAAGAAGUAAGCGAUUGAAUGCUUGUCUCUGUAGUCAGGAUAAGUUUUAGGGUUUGGACUAUUUUCAUGUAAUACUACUCAGAUGUUUCCAAAAAUUGGACGCACUGUGCCUUUCAUGUCACACCCCUUCAAAGAAGUGACAGAUCACUGUUUUUGUCUCAGUACUCAGUGUUUUUGGGGUUAGGGUUUGGAUUAAGGAUAUAUUAAUGUAAUUACUACUCAGAUAUUUCAGAAUAUUGGGAGCACUGUGCCUUGCACAUCACAUCCAUUCAAAGUGAAAAGCUGCAUCCCAAAUCACAUACUUUUGCAAUAUUCUAUGCUGUUUUGUAGUGCAUGUAGUGCGAGUGGUGUUUUCACACUGAAAAAUGCAACAAGAAUUAAGUGUACUACAAGUACUGAUAUAGUUCUUCAAAUGAAAUAAUAAAGUGUGGAAUGUUGGACACUUCAUGCA